AUGACCAAAUCUGGAGAGAGAUCAAAACAGAGACAGAGGAAAGGAUUAUGGUCACCUGAAGAAGACCAGAAGCUCAAGAGCUUCAUCAUCUCUCAUGGCCAUGCUUGCUGGACUACUGUUCCCAUCCUAGCUGGAUUGCAAAGGAAUGGGAAAAGCUGUAGAUUAAGGUGGAUUAAUUACCUAAGACCAGGAUUAAAGAGAGGGACGUUUAGUGCUGAAGAAGAAGAGACAAUUUUGACUUUACAUUCUUCCUUGGGUAACAAGUGGUCACGGAUUGCGAAAUACUUACCUGGAAGAACAGAUAACGAGAUCAAGAACUAUUGGCACUCCUAUCUAAAGAAGAGAUGGCUCAAAUCUCAACCACAACUCAAAACUCAAAGAUCAGACCUCACCGAAACUUCUUCUUCACUACUUUCUUGUGAAAAAAGAAAUAUGGAAACCGAAACCCUAGAUCAUGUGAUCUCCUUCCAGAAAUGUCAACAUAAACCAUCUUCAUCACCAUCACAAGAAAGCAACAGAAACAUGAUGAACAACAACAACAAUAACUUGCCUAAGCUGUUCUUCUCAGAGUGGAUCAGUUCUUCAGAUCCACACAUCGAUUACUCCUCUUCUUUAAAGCACAUUAAACAAACUCAAGAUCAAAUGGACUACGAAGAAACGAUGAUAAUCAACAACAACAAUUACUCUUCACUUGAGGAUGAUGUCAUGUACCGUACAGAGUUUCAGCAACCUGAUAACGAGUUUGCAAAUUAUUAUUCUUCUGGAGAUUUCUUCAUCAACAGCGACGUAGCUUACAUCUAA